AUGGGAAGGGAUGGUGAUGUGUCAACAGUGAUAGACAUGUUACUUAGCUCUGACAACACUCUAGACGAUUUACCUGUCAUUGCCAUUGUAGGAAUGGGUGGGAUGGGCAAGACAACCCUUGCUCAGUUAGUUUACAACAAUGAGAAGGUGGUGAAGCAUUUUGGUGAUCAAAGGAUGUGGAUUUGUGUGUCUGAUGAUUUCAUAGUUCCAAAGCUAUUGAGUCAGAUGGUACAAUCUCUUACUGGAGAUAAGUCGGACAUAGAUAAUAUUGAAGGAAUAGUGAGAAAGCUUGCAGAAAAACUAAAUGGCAAAAAGUAUUUGCUUGUACUAGACGAUGUUUGGAAUGAAAAUCCAGACAAAUGGGAGUGCAUGAGAAAUUCUUUGCUAAGGAUAGGUGGAUCCAAGGGAAGCAAAAUUAUAGCUAUAACUAGGAGUAUGCACGUGGUAUCUACCAUGAGGACAUCUCCAUCUUUCACUCAUCAUUUGAACCAACUAUCAGAAAAUGAAAGUUGGACCAUGUUUCAAAAAAGAGCAUUUGCAAAUGGAGGACCAACAGAGACCCCAAAUUUGGUGGCUAUUGGUAGAAAAAUGGUGGAAAAGUAUAAGGGUGUACCGUUGGCAAUAAAAUCACUAGGAGAUUUCAACAUUCAAAAGGAUGAGCUGAUUCAGCUUUGGAUGGCUCAAGGAUAUCUCCAGCCUUCUUCAGGAAGCAAUUUGGAAAUGGAAGAUGUUGGUAACGAUUAUUUUAAUAUUUUGUUGCACAAUUCUUUAUUUCAAGAUGUAAAAUUAGAUGACUACAAUAACAUUACCAGUUGCAAAAUGCAUGAUCUUGUGCAUGAUCUGGCACUAGAUGUCUCAGAGGGUACCUGUUUGGGUUUGACUUCGAUUGCUAGUGAGGCGAAUCAUCAUUCUGAGUUUCACAAAAUUCCAAAAGAAAAUGUUGGAAAACUGAGGACACUACUUUUAACUGGAAAUCUUCCUAAAAACAUUGCAGAUGUCAAGUUUAUACGUGCCUUGAGUUUCGAACAAUACUAUGUGAAAGAGUUGCCAGAUUCCAUAU